AUGAGCUCAACAAGCUUCACUUUUCUAAACGCAACCGGCACGCCGGGGCUAUCUCAGUCGGACGCGAAGCUGAUGCGGGCGCACAUUACCAGGACGAACUUUGCGAACAGACGCCAGCAGCUAACCAAGGCUAGAACAGCAAAGGAAAGGGAGCUGGGACUACUGACACAGGACGUACUCGCUGAUCCUCCGCCAGCAGACUUACUGCUAUCGACGCCACCAAAGGAUCCGUAUCGCUAUGCCCAGUUCCUCUCCAGAUUCUGGUCGUUUGUUUUUCUGGACGGUGGUAACUAUCCUAGCAGCCCCGGUGAAGAAGCCUGGAUUCAGCUUCUGGUUUCUGAGGCAGCCCUUGCUGAGGUUUCCAUGGCCAUAGGCAUACGACACUGGUCGCCGGAUGCAUCAUGUCAAGAGAAAGCCGUGGCUCACUCGUGCAAGGCUGCUAAUAUCAUUAUCCAACACAUCAAGUCUAAAACAGCUCAUGCUAGUGCUAUUCUUGGUGCGGUGCUCAGCAUGGCCAUCGGAGAGCGCCUGGUGCAUAAUGAUCUUGUUUGGAACAUUCACGUUGAUGGCCUGGCCAAUCUAAUCACAGAGAGACGCUCUCAGGGCGAAUAUGAUUUGCCGCCAGUGCUGUGUAAUUUCCUAAUCUUGGAUUCUACCAACGAUGUGUUCAGCUUCCCUUUGGCGUAUCAUAGGAAAAUUAUUGACGCAAUACGCGCUUAUGGCAGCCAGCCUAUCUGUAGCAUAGCUAAUAUGUCCGAUAGCCUCGUCCAGUUACGAAAGUUGAUAGAUACCCAUCGCAAAUCUUCAUCAGGCUCGGACGUUCGGGAAAAAGAAAUCGGAAAAAUCUGGAAUAGCUUGUUAUGCCAAGCUCGAUCCCUUCGAUUCGAUGAUAAUCCAUUCGUCCAAGCCACCUCACGAGCGAUCGAGUUGAUUCUCUAUGUAUCCUGGUGCCCGCAGCUAGAGGCGAAUCUCACACUCCUCGCUAGCGAGCUGAAGGAUGCAUUAUGUCGGCUCCCGGUCAGACCAUGCUUGUUCAUGGAUAUAACUUCAAGUCAAUUGAUGUUGGGGGCCGUUGCGGCAGGUGAAGGCUCACAGAUCAGGGCGUGGUUCGUGGCAAGGUUGAGGAGGGCAGUGCUAGCGUUGCGGUCUCGAGGAUGGGUCCGGCCACUGGAAAUUCUCGAAAAGGGUUUUGUGUCUAACGAUUGGUUAGUGGCCAGUUUCAGGGCCUUAUGGAAGGAGUUGGAUAGCUAG